CAUCUGUUGCGGCUUUGUUGUGCUGUUCUGCCGGUUUUAGUUAAUUUUAGUUUAAUUUAUCAAUGAAAAUGCUGAAAUAUGCAUUGCACAGUGGAAGAAUGCAACGCAUCAGGUUGCUUCGCCAGCUAUCCGCACAUAUUAGCAGGCGCAGCUACAGCAGCAAAAUCAGGAACAUUGGUAUUCUGGCGCACAUUGAUGCAGGCAAGACCACAACCACCGAGCGUAUGCUGUUCUACUCUGGCAAGACGCGGUCUCUGGGGGAAGUGCAUCGCGGCAACACGGUGACCGAUUAUCUAACACAAGAGCGGGAGCGCGGCAUCACCAUUUGCAGCUCGGCUGUGACUUUUCCCUGGAAUGGUAAUCGCAUCAACCUGCUGGACACCCCCGGACACAUUGAUUUCACAAUGGAGGUGGAGCAAUCAUUGUAUGCCGUGGACGGUGUUGUCGUGGUUCUGGACGGCACGGCUGGAGUUGAGGCACAAACCGUCACCGUAUGGACGCAGGCGGACAAACACAAGCUGCCGCGGCUGGCAUUCGUCAAUAAGAUGGAUCGUCCGGAUGCAGACUUUGACAAGUGUGUCAAUGAUUUGAAAACGAAGCUGGAAACGCAGCCUGUGUGCAUACAGUAUCCCACAAAAACCCAGGAUGGACUCUUGGCCAUUCAGGAUGUGAUCACAUUGGAGCAGCUAACAUGGCAGCCGAAAGAUCUGGGUCGCAGCUACACCAAGACGAAGCUGGAGCCCUCUGCAGAUCUGCGCGAGCUUCAAGAAAAGCGCAAUGAGCUGAUCGAUCAGCUUUCGGGACUGGAUGACGAGCUGGCCGAUGUGGUAAUUAGCACGGAAAGCUUUGACAAUGUCAGCAAUGCGCUCAUCGAACAAGCCCUGCGUCGGGCUACCUGUCAGCGGAGGGUUGUGCCUGUGCUGCUGGGCUCUGCCUACAAAAACGUUGGCAUACAGCGACUGAUGGAUGCCGUGAAUACCUAUCUGCCCGCGCCAGAGGAACGCAACCAAAUCUACGACUGCUUUGGAAACGAAGUGGCUGGCAAAGUCUUUAAGAUUGUCCACGACAAGCAGCGUGGCCCUCUGACGCUGGUGCGUAUUCUACGCGGCGAGAUAAAGCGUGGCAUGCGUCUCAUCUGCUCGCGUGGCCAAGCGGAGGUAGUGUCCAAACUGUACGAGCCCUUGGCUGACGAAUACCGUGAGGUGGGUGCCGUGCAGUCGGGCGAUGUGGUCAUAUGUGCGGGUCUUAAGUCAACAGUUACGGGAGAUCUGCUGACGUCUAGCCAGACAGCCCUGAGGAAUGCCCAGAAACGCUUGAAACAAAGCCAGGGCACUUCGUCAACAGAUGAGGACGAAGAACUGGACACGGACGAGCUGUUCGGCAUUGACCGACAAAUACCGGAUGCUGUCUACUUCUGCUCCAUUGAGCCACCCAGUGUGUCCUCGCAAACGGCCAUGGAGCAGGCACUGAGGCAGCUGCAGCGCGAAGAUCCCAGUCUGCGCGUCAGCUACGAUGCCGUCACCGGCCAGACAGUGCUGGGCGGCAUGGGUGAACUGCACAUGGACAUCAUCAAGUCGCGCAUUCUGAGCGAGUACAAGAUCGACGUGGAUCUGGGUCCACUGCAAAUAGCCUACAAGGAAACCAUCGAAUCGCCAGCGCUCACUACACUGAGUGUGGAAAAGGAGAUUGCUGGCAGCAAGCAGAACGUUAGCCUCACCUUGGAGGUGGUCAAAGACCAAAGCGAGCUCUUCAGCUUAGAUAAGUCACCGGAGAACUUGCCGAACCUCAACACGCUGCGUCCUCGCAUUCUGCAGGUGCUGAGGAAAGGCUCUGUCAGCGCUUUGGAGCGUGGACCCCGCGUGGGCGGUCAAGUGGUUGACACGCAGAUCCGGUUGCACAAUGCAACCAUUGGUCGUGGCACAGCCGACUCCUUUGUGAUGGCCACCGCAGCUCAGUGCGUCCAAAAACUGCUGAGCACGAGCGGCAUCCGCCUGUUGGAGCCCAUAAUGGCACUGCAGAUUGUGGCGCCCAGUGAACGGAUUUCGGGCAUAAUGGCAGACCUCUCCAGACGUCGCGCCCUCAUCAACGAUGUACUGCCGAAGGGCGAUAGGAAUAAAAUGAUUCUGGUGAAUGCUCCGCUGGCCGAGCUUUCCGGCUACUCCAGCGUCCUGCGAACGAUCAGCUCGGGGACAGCCAGCAUGACGAUGCAGCCGAGCGGCUUCAGCGGCAUGAACGCAGUGGACGAAUCCCUGGCCGAGCGACGUGCCCAGGGCCUGGAAUGAU